UGAAACAAUUAGCAGAGCUAGCAGCAGAAGCAUAAACAGACUGCGCUUCGCUGGCCUGCCAUCCAAAUUGGAAUUCCUCCCAAAACAGAAACUCGUUGUUGGAACCGGAAUUUGGGCAUCCCAAAUUGACUCAAAGCCUCAUACUCUCUUUUAAAGUCCUAAUUCUGCCCUGUGAACCGCUGUUCAAUCCUUUCUUAGCUUAACUCCCUUCUGUAUUUAUUGCCAUUCGACCCUUCCGUUUCCCAUCAUCCCCCAAAUCCCUUGUGAUUAAGUGGGAACAAAUAUUUUUCUAGUUUUUGUUUGUUUGUUUGAGGCAGUAAAAUGGCGAGUGUUGGAGAAAACGACUUUGGCGGGAAGAUGAGGAGGCGCUUGUGCUCUUGCAGCAAGGAGGACUUCCUGCCGGAGGAGUCGUUCCAGAGCUGGGCCAACUACACAAAGGCCCUCCGUGAGACGGGCCUCCGGCUCAAGGAUCGCUUCACGGCCCGCUCCGUCGACAAGUUCGAGAUCAACGAGAUCAAGGCUCGAAGUGGAAACGAAAUGAAGAAAACGCUCACCUGGUGGGAUCUCAUCUGGUUCGGGAUCGGCGCCGUCAUCGGCUCGGGCAUCUUCGUCCUCACUGGCCAGGAAGCUCGCGAUUCCGCUGGGCCCGCCGUCAUCCUCUCCUACGUCAUCUCCGGCGUCUCCGCAAUGCUUUCCGUCUUCUGCUACACCGAGUUCGCCAUCGAGAUCCCUGUCGCCGGCGGUUCGUUUGCGUACUUGCGAGUUGAGCUCGGUGACUUCGUGGCCUUCGUGGCGGCCGGCAACAUCAUCCUCGAGUACAUAAUUGGUGGCGCGGCCGUCGCCCGUUCGUGGACAUCCUACUUCGCCACGCUCCUCAACCACCACCCCAACGAUUUCCGCAUCUACGCCCCCAUCUUUGCACCCGAUUACAACCGGCUCGAUCCUAUCGCCGUCGUCGUCAUCACUUUGAUCUGCUUCGCGGCCGUGAUUUCCACCAAGGGGAGCUCCCGCUUCAACUAUGUGGCCUCCAUCAUCCACCUCGCCAUCAUCAUCUUCAUCAUCAUCACUGGGCUCACCCAGGCCGACACCAAGAACCUCACCGCCAACUUCGCCCCCUUCGGUGCCCACGGCAUCUUCGCGGCCGCCUCCGUGCUUUUCUUCGCCUACAUCGGCUUCGACGCCGUGUCCACCAUGGCGGAGGAGACGAAGAACCCGGCGAAAGACAUCCCGCUGGGGCUCGUGGGAUCGAUGACCAUCACCACGGUGUGCUAUUGCCUGAUGGCGAUCACCCUCUGCUUGAUGCAGCCCUAUUACCAAAUUGACCCCGACGCGCCAUUUUCUGUAGCGUUCUCCGCCAUUGGUAUGGAUUGGGCCAAGUACAUCGUGGCCUUCGGCGCGCUCAAGGGAAUGACGACGGUGCUGCUGGUGUCCGCCGUCGGCCAGGCGCGCUAUCUCACCCACAUAGCUCGCACACACAUGGUGCCCCCAUGGUUCGCGCAGGUGCACAGCGCCACCGGCACCCCUAUCAAUGCCACCAUCUUCAUGCUCAUUGCCACUGCCAUCAUCGCCUUCUUCACCGCUCUCAACGUCCUCUCCAACCUCCUCUCCAUCUCCACGCUAUUCAUCUUCAUGCUCGUAGCCGUCGCCCUCCUCGUCCGCCGCUACUACGUCGCAGGCGAAACAACCGAGGCGAACCGGAGAAAGCUCGUGGCCGCCAUCACAGUGAUCCUGGCGGCUUCGGUGGCUGCGGCAAUGCUUUGGGCGAUAGGAGUCGAGGGGUGGAUCUGGUAUUUGUUGGCCUUUGUGGUGUGGUUGGUGGCGACGGGGUACUUGUGGUGGGCGGUGCCGCAGGCGAGGAUACCGGAGAUGUGGGGUGUUCCGUUAGUUCCAUGGCUGCCCUCUGCGUCGAUCGCGAUCAACAUCUUCCUACUCGGGUCGAUCGAUGGGCCGUCGUACAUGCGGUUCGCCAUAUGGUCUCUGCUGCUGCUCGUCUACUACUUCUUCUUCGGUCUUCACGCGUCCUACGACACUGCAAAGGCCGCCGGCGCCGGCGCCGGCGUUUAA